AUGGCUGGGGGCUACUUAACGAAGCUGUGGCAGAAAGGGAUGCACACAUCUCCCAUCCCGGCCCCGGAUCGCCCCGAAACAACCCGGGAUCAACAUCCCCCGUCCCCUCAACCCUUCGAGAAGCGUGUCCGGCCGCCGCACCCUGUCCCGACCGCUGGUGCCGCCGCCGUCGCCGCUGUCACCCUCCCCGACGGACCCCCUCGCGGCGACAUCAAAUCGUGCCGCGCCGCUUGA